GUCCUCACAAUAGAGACGGCCCCCUUCCCAAGGUUGGCUUCCAAAUGCGUCGCCAUGAGAUCACUGAACCAGCUCCGCGUAGUUCUUCCGUAGGUAGGGUAUUAUCCGGGCCCGCAACGCCGGAUUCGUUCUCCACCGAACCCCCACCGUAACGGGCCGGUCCCGCUGCGGCCUUCUUCCCAGACUCAUCGUCCUGCUGUGUUUGGUUGGUCCGGCCGUCCCAGCUCUCACUUCUCCGUACCUACCUUACCUAGUUGCCGCAGCCAUUCAUUGCCCACCACCAAAAAAACAAAAUAAACAAUGGGCAAGCCCGCUGUAGACUACUCGCUCUAUCUGGUGACGGACUCGACGCGGCCGAUCCUCGGCGACCGGUCCCUCGAGAGCGUCGUCGAGCAGGCGCUGCGGGGCGGCGUCACGCUCGUGCAGCUGCGCGAGAAGACGGCCGACACGGCCGAGCUGAUCUCGGUCGCGCGGGGGCUGCACGCCAUCACCCGGAGAUACAACGUGCCGCUGCUCAUCAACGACCGCGUCGACGUGGCGCUGGCCGUCGGCUGCGAGGGCGUGCACAUCGGCCAGGAUGACAUGGACCUGUCUACGGCGCGGAAGCUCCUCGGUCCGGACGCCAUCAUUGGGGUGACUGCCAGCACCGUGGACGAGGCGCUCCGGGCUUGUGAGGGCGGGGCCGAUUAUCUCGGCAUUGGCACAGUCUACGCGACGCCGACGAAAACGAACACCAAGAACAUCAUUGGCACUGCUGGAGUGCGUGACAUCCUCGGCAAGAUCGCCGAGGCGGGGUACGAUACGCGGACCGUCUGCAUAGGCGGCAUCAACGAGUCGAAUGUGCAACGCAUCCUCUUCCAGAGCGCCGACCCGAGGAAAGGCCUGGAUGGCGUCGCAGUGGUCAGCGCCAUCAUGGCUGCCUCGGACCCAGAGGCGGCCGCGAGGAAGCUGCUCGAGCUCGUCAAGAGUCCGCCGGCCUUCCAGGCCGACCUCAGGAGCGCGGGGUCAGAUAUUGCUGACGCGCCAUCCCUGGUUGCCCUGGCCCCGUCUGUUGUCCGGAGGGUCCACGAGACGACACCGCUUUCGCACAACAUGACCAACCUUGUUGUGCAAAACUUCGCGGCAAACGUCGCCCUGGCUGUGGGCGCAUCCCCCAUCAUGGCCGGGUACGGGGAGGAAGCGCCGGAUCUGUGCAAGCUCGGAGGCGCCCUAGUCAUCAACAUGGGCUCGGUAGACCCGGCCGGGUUGGCCAACUACCUGAAAGCGCUCAGGGCGUACAACCUCGCAGGGCGGCCGGUCGUGUACGAUCCAGUCGGGGCCGGCGCCACCUCGCUGCGGCGUGAGACGGUCAAGACCAUCCUGGCGAGCGGCUAUCUCGACGUCAUCAAGGGCAACGAGGGCGAGAUCAGGACGGUCUUGGGCGACAGCCAGGAGCAGCAGCGCGGCGUGGACAGCUCCAGCACGCUGAACGCGGCGCAAAAGGCCCGGGUGGUGCGGGCGCUCGCGGCGCGGGAGAAGAACGUGGUCGUCAUGACGGGCAGGACCGACUUUGUCAGCGACGGCGCGCGGACCUUCGCCGUCGAGAACGGGCACGAGUACCUCGGCCUGGUCACGGGCACCGGCUGCACGCUGGGCACGGCCAUCUCGGCCGCCGUCGCGCCGCGCCAGACAGACAGGCUCGCCGCCGUGAUCGCGGCGAUCCUGCACUUCGAGAUCGCUGCCGAGGUCGCCGCCGAGCGGCCCGACGUCAGGGGCCCGGGCACCUUCGUCCCGGCCUUCCUGGACGAGCUGUAUCGCAUUCGGCAGGCCACUGCGGCCGGCGAUCACUCCUGGCUGCAGAGGGCGAAGGUUGCUCGAGUCGAGUAGGUAUAGCAGUGAAAUUGU